UUUUUUUUCUCUAUCUUUAUAUCUCGUUUCUCAAUAUACGCACACACAGAACACUCUUCUGAAACCCUAGAAUUCAAUUUGCAUCGCUAAAAGGGGAAAAUUUCGAAACUCAUCUUUUGAUUCAGGAUUUUGGGGGAGAAAUGCGGGGGAAGGAUCCGCCGCCGGAUGAGCUGCGGUGCAAGCGCACCGACGGCCGUCAAUGGCGGUGCAAGCGGCAGGCAAUGGAGGGGAAGACGCUCUGCGAUAUUCAUCAUCUACAAGGGAAACACCGUCAGAACAAGACGAAAGUUCCAGACUCCCUGAAGCUCGAGCGGAACGUGACGAAAAAGCGGGGGAACGUCAAUGGGGGGGAGAGUAGCAGCCGUAGGGUUUCCAAAUCGAAGGCGGCGAAAAAGCCGGUGGCGGCGGCGGUGGCGGAGAAGAGGCGGCGGAGGUGUGUUUCCGAGGCGCUGGACGAGGCUUUGAAGAGGAUGAAGUUGAAGAGAGACGACCUGCAUUUGGAUUUGAUCAGGGUUUUCCUGAAGAGGCAGGUGGAGAAGAAGAAGGAGAAAGAGUUGAAGGAAACAACACCAAUUGGCGAUGAAACAAGAGAAUUGCCAUGUGGAAUUAUGGCUAUUUCUCAAGCACAUUCCAGUUUGCAAAAAUUUCCAGAAAACGACGGUUUGAAUGUUAAAGUUGGGGUGGAUUCAUCGAAUGGUUUUCUUCUGCAGAGGCAUUUUCGGUCGAAAAAUAUCGAACCACUCCCAAUUAGUACAAUGCAGGUCGUUCCGUUUGCUGACAAUGUGAAGAAAAAGAUGAUAAAGCGAUGCCACUGGUGUAGGGAUACUAAAUACCGUUGCUUAAUUAAGUGCCUGACUUGCAGGAAGCGCUUCUUUUGUGUGGACUGUAUAAAAGAGAGGUACUUUGAGAAGCAAGAAGUGAAGAGCAAGUGCCCUGCCUGUCGUGGAACUUGUAGCUGUAACCUCUGCAUAAAACAGCAAAUGAGAGCUAACAAUCAUAAGGAAUGUCAUAGAGGUGGAAGGAAACUGGAUAGGAAACAAUUGCUUCACUAUCUAAUCUACAUGCUUCUUCCUGUGUUGAAAAAAGUGAACCGUGAUCAGAACGAUGAGCUUGAAACAGAAUCUAAGGUAACAGGAAAAGAACGAUCUAAAAUCCAGAUUCCACAACCUAAAUUAGGCUUUCAAACAUCGUGGUGCUGCAACAAAUGCAGAAAUUCAAUUGUGGACUACCAUAGGACUUGUACGGAGUGUUCGUAUAAUCUUUGUUUAAGCUGUUGUCGGGAGCUUUCUAGACAUAGCUUGCAUGGAAGUUUUCAGCUCAAAAGUUGCAGGAAAAGGAAAGUAUGUUCAUCUGGUGAUGAGGCACUACAUAAAAAGAAUAUUUUAAGGCAAAAUUCUGGUGGGUUACCGUGCUUGUCCAAUCUCUCCUUGCAAAAGUGGAAGAUUAGUGAAGAUGGCAGUAUUCCUUGCCCACCAACAGAUAUCGGAGGUUGUGGUGAUAGCUUUCUUGAUUUAAGAUGUAUGUUUCCCUUAAAUUGGACCCGAGAUCUGGAAGUUAAAGCUGAAGAAAUAUUAUGCAGCUAUCACUUGCCCGAAACUGCAGAUGUUUCUCCGUGCUGCUCAUUGUGCAACACUAUUGGUGCUAACAAAAGUAAUGAAUUUAAGCCACAGACAGAACUGUCUAGGAGAAUAGGUUUUAAUGACAACUAUCUGUAUUGUCCUACUCUAAAGGAUCUUCAUCAAGAAACCCUUGAGCAUUUCCAGAGGCAUUGGGGUAGGGGUCAGCCUGUUAUAGUUCGAAAUGUGCUUCGGAGUACCCCAGCGUUGUGUUGGGAUCCUGUUGUUAUGUUUUGUUCGUAUUUGGAGAAUAAGAACUCUGGAUCUUGUAAUGAAGAUGGCAGCAAAGUAACAAACUGCUUGGAUUGGUGUGAGGUGGAAAUUGAUCGGAAGCGGAUAUUUAUGGGGUCAUUGGAAAAGAGAACACAUGCAAGCAUUAAGCGAAAAGUUCUAAAAUUCAAAGCUUGGCUUUCUUCCAAUUUAUUCCAAAAGCAGUUUCCAGUCCACUAUAAUGAGGUCUCAAGUGCUUUACCCCUUCCAGAGUAUGUAAAUCCAGUAUCAGGCCUUCUGAAUAUUAGAACGAAGUUGCCAAAGGAUUUAUCAAAGCCUGAAAUAGGUCCAUGUAUCUAUUUUUCAUAUGGAGGUCCGGAGGAACUCGUGCAAGCUGAUUAUUUGUCAAAACUUUGUUACGAGUCACAUGAUAAGGUUAAUAUCCUCGCUUAUGCUACAGACACUCCAAUUUCAACAGAAAAUAUUAAUAAAGUCGAAAAUUUAAUGAAGAAGUACAAGGCUCGAAACAGUGCUCAGAAAGGCAAAACAUCUUUUCACAGUGAAGACACUGGUGAAUCAAGUUUGCAGGAGAUUGAAGAACAGAUGCACCUGCCCGAUGGAAUAGAAAAUGUACCUUUUUACACCAUUGAUCCCCUUAAAGAUCAAAAACUGACUGUUCAAAGUGGAAAUUUGUCUGAUGACAGUGAAUCUGAUGACGAGGCAUCAAUUCUUUGCUGCGGAAGUAUUGAAAACUCUGAAGAGUCCGAUGAGGAUUUUCAAGCGGAAGACAUAGAAAGCUCUUGUUCCAGUGAAGAUAAGCAAGGGACUAAUUCUUGUGGGGCCCAGUGGGACAUUUUCCCUCGAGAAGAUGUACCAAAACUUCUAGAAUACCUCAAGAGACACUCUAGUGAGCUCAGCCCUGCAUGCAGCUACUCGAAAAAUGUUCAUCCCAUUCUUGAUCAAAAUAUUUUCCUUGAUGCUUAUCACAAACUGAGACUUAAGGAGGAAUUUGAUAUUCAGCCAUGGACUUUUGAGCAAUGUACUGGAGAAGCUAUAUUCAUUCCUGCUGGAUGUCCGUAUCAAAUCAGAAAUGUUAAGUCAUGUGUCAAUGUUGUUUUGGACUUCAUUUCACCUGAAAAUGCUACUCAGUGCGUUCAGUUGAACGACGAAAUUCGUCUUCUUCCUACGCGACACAAAGCUAAAGGGAAAGUGAUGGAGGUGGAGAAAAUGGCUCUUCACGGAAUCAGUGCAGCAAUUGAAGAUAUACGCAACCUCAUGCAUGUGGAACAAGGUUGAUAAGGAAGUGAUGAAAGCACUCACUAUUAACAGAAACGAACUGCGCAGAAUCUUGCUCCAGCUAGUUAACAAAUGUACAGAGAACCGUAGUGGCAUUCUUAUUCCCCCGUAAAUAAAUACAUUGCAGCAAGAUAUACAUUCCAUCAAGACAUGACAUCUGCCUUUAAACGAGAUGAAUCUACACCUUCAGUAAAAGGUGAGUAAAACUUGUGCAAUACGAUUACAACUCAGCUUAUGCUAUUUUAGACUCGACUUUGAGACUCGAUCAAGAGCAUAGUGCUUUUUCACACAUUGGACAUGUACAUUGUGGAAUCAUCAAUUACUUUUUCUACACAAAGUUCAUUCAGACUUGUUUUGAAUAUUGUUGUAAACUAGUACACUUUCUUCCUCGUCUGGUACUUCAAUGAAUAGUUAGCGCGCAUUACUACUGCUAAUGAGAUAUAAACACAGAGGCGGAAAAGAUUGGGAUUGAUUUCGAUUAUGUUAUUGUGUAAAUGUGUAAUUUGACUUUAUUCGAUUUUUUCUUGUAAUGAAUGGACUGGUAUAAUGAUUGGCUGUAAUAUUCUUAUUUAUAUAAAUAGCUCAAGGUCAUAUGUGACUGAUUUUUGGAUA